AUGGACAUUAGCGCCAAAUCGCGUCCUUGUCGUGUAAAGCACCCCUCGAGCUCUCUUGUCACCAAACUUGCGCCAACCUCCAACCUUCCUUCUUCACUCGCUGGUCCCCAUUUGCCACUCCACCACCACACGAUUCAUCUGAAUGAGCGUCGAUUGGACAACGAAGCGCCAAAUCGCCGCUUUUUCACAAACACAAAGGUCCUUGGGCAGGAGGAUCCACGCGCUGCAAGUACUUCUAACCGCCAGCAACUGCGCACUACGGCGUCCAAGCCACCAACCAGCAGGCGUCCUCUGAGCGAAACCGCGAACGAAGCUGGAGGCGCGAAAGCUCACACCUCUUAUAGGGAGUCCUUCAACGACAUCUACCUCGACCUUUCCAAAGAGCCCGGCAAGUGCAGAUUCGCAGACUCUGGCCUCGGCUGGCGACCACACAACGGCGAAACCUUCACUCUCGACAAGGCGGAAUUCAUAAACGCACAGUGGAGCAGAGCAGCGCGGGGUUAUGAAGUGAAGAUCUUUGCGCGCAACGCUGGGGUGGUGCAGCUGGACGGCUUCAAGCAGGAUGAUUUCGACACUCUAUCAAAGUGCUUCAAGGUCUGGUAUGGCGUCGAGCUGGCACAGAAAGAGCAUGCGCUGCGAGGCUGGAACUGGGGCAAGAGCGAGAUGGGUCGCAACGAGCUCACGUUCAACGUGCGAAAUCAGCCCGCCUUCGAGAUUCCGUUCACUGAGAUCUCCAACACGAACCUGGUGGGAAAGAACGAGGUGUCCGUGGAGUUCUCAUUAGCAGCCGGCGCGGACGAUACGGGAACCAACGGACAUCUGGGUGGCGCACGAGGCAAGGGCAAGAAGAUGGGUGGCGCGGUGGACCAAAUGACGGAAAUCAGGUUCUACAUCCCAGGCACCGAGACGCGGAAAGGCAAAGCUGAGGACGACGAAGAGGGAGCGGCCAGCGGCGAGGAGACAGAGAAGCAACAGAAUGCGGCCAACCUCUUCUGGGAGCAGCUCACGGACAAGGCUGAGAUUGGCGAAGUUGCCGGAGACACAUUCGCCACGUUCUUGGACAUCCUACACCUUACACCUCGCGGGAGAUUCGACAUUGACCUUUAUGAGAAGUCAUUUCGUCUCCGCGGUAAGACGUACGACUACAAGAUCACAUACGAGAACGCAAAGCGGUUCUUCUUCCUUCCGAAGCCGGACGACGUCCACCAGCUGCUCUGUGUUGGUCUGGAUCCGCCGCUUCGCCAAGGUCAGACCCGCUAUCCAUUCCUGGUCAUGCAGUUCAAGAAGGACGAGGACACCAGCAUCGAGCUCAACAUGACCGAGGAGGAUCUCAACCAGAAGUUUGGUGGCAAGCUGCAAUCGUCGUACGAAGGAGAAGUCGGCACGGUCAUUGCAAAGAUUUUCAAAGGCUUGACCGGCAAGCGGUUGACUCAGCCGUCGCAGGACUUCAGGAGUCAUCACGGCAUGGCAGGAAUCAAGUGCAGUAUCAAGGCAAACGAGGGCAACCUCUUCUGCCUCGACAAGGCGUUCAUCUUCGUGCCAAAGCCAGCAACAUACAUUUCGUUCGACCACAUCGCGGUGGUGACGAUGAGCAGAGUCGGUGGGGCUGUUAGCGCCAGUCGCACCUUCGAUAUCACCGUCACUCUGAAGAGCGGCGCAGGCGAACAUCAAUUCUCGAACAUCAACCGUGAGGAGCAACAACCGCUAGAGAACUUCCUAAAGAUCAAGGGCAUCAAGACGAAGAACGAGAUGGACGGUGAUGGCUCGAUGCUGGCGGCUGCGCUCUCGGCUGAUCCUGAUCUCGCUAGCAGCGAUGAAGAGGAGGUCGUCAGGCAGGACCGCGGCUCGGCGGAUGAGGACGAUGAGAGUGUGGAUGAGGACUUCCAGGCUGAUUCGGAUAGUGAUCCUGCGGAAGAGUACGAUUCGGAUGCCAAGUCGUCGGGCGGUGGGAGUGAUGCCGAGGACGGCGAGGGUGGUGCAGAGCCCAUGGAUGAGGACAGCGCGAGUGAUACGGAGGCGAAGGUGGAACGGCCGAAGAAGAAGACCAAGACGGGGAAGUAG